AUUACUUUUUUUGCUGUCCUCGACCUCCGCCGACUCAAGCUCGUGCGAGACUGAGACGAGUUCGUUGAUCCAACGGCUCACGAAGCAACAGGACACCCAUGACGAUGCAAUGCCAACGUCACCGGUGAGAACGAAGGGAGAGGGGCUACUGCCUUUCAACCAACAUCUCCAAGAAGCGCGUCCUCGAGAGCUUCUGAUGCCUGCGAGAAUCGCUCGGGAUUGGGCCAGUCAACGCGAUUUGGCCAAACUGGGCCCAGUUAAAAAGUUCUUCUGGACACCAGAGGAGAAUCACACGUAUGAAUUCCUAUUCUUCAGUGCCAUUCCGACCUUUGGCGAUGAUGGGAAUUACAUCGCGCUGCUUCAUGAUUUGUGGGCGGAUUCCAACCCGGACGAUUUCCUCUUGGCCUUGAAGAAGUUUCCCUUGUACUGCUCCGGCGCCGAUCGCAAGCACAAGUCGCCGGUCACAGCCUAUGGCUGGGACCAUGGAGAGAAGGGAACCCAAGUCAGCGUGAACCUUCUAUGCCAAUGGCCGGAGAGCGACAAAGAUCUGGAGAAGUUUGAAGUCUUCCUGGAAGAUGCCAAGGGCAAGGCUAUAGGAAGUAUGGUGGCGGAUCAUAAGCCAACGCUGUUUCAGAAGAAGUAUGGUACUGCAGCUUGCGUGAGGGAGGUCUUCCUAACCAACCAAUCCAAUGCCCCUUUGAAGUUGCUGCCUGAGUGGAUGGAAUUCCACGUGAUGCAUGGUGUUGAACAUUUCUUCAUCUACACUUUCGAUGACACCGACCCCGGCAUGGAGGCAGUGAUGACUCCGUAUAUCAACAGUGGACUGGCGACACGGAUUCAUUUCAAUCAGUAUCCUGAAAGACAUGUGCGACACCAUCGGCUCAUGACCGACUGUUUAUUUCGCGCGAAGAAUCGGGCCACCUGGCUCAUGCCGACCAUCGAUACAGACGAGUACCUGCAUGUGGAUCCCACAGUCUUCAAAGGUCAGGACACGCCCAAGGACUAUUUGAACACAGCUUGGGACGCCGUCAUAGACCAUUUCCAGGCAAAUCGAAGCGAAGUGUAUUCCCUGAACUUCGAGUUGUACCGCUUCUCCCGUUCUCCUCGCAAUCUCGUGGAAAUUUCCUCGAUGUUUCGAGAAGAAAAGAACAACAAGAACAAUGAGGGCAGGUCGAAAUUCGUCGUCAAUGUGCACAACGUGCAUGGCCUUUGGAUUCAUUUUCCAACCAACUGGAACGAAGGAACCUAUGCCAUCGACGUCCCAAAGCAGUUGCUUUACGGAAAUCACUACAGAUACGAGGACCACAUCUUGUACGGCCAGAAAGACCCUACCGCCAACAUCAGAGAUCAGUCGCUGGCUGGAGAGGUUCGGCCACUCAUGAAGGCGCUGGAGAAACGCUUUGGCGAAGAACCCAGACAGCUCUUGGAGAGACUCAGCUAUCUGAGUCCCCUGCAAGACGUCGAGAUUCGCCGGCAACGAUCCAAAGGUCGUAACAAACUGGACGCCUUGGAUGAGUGGACCUUCCAACAGGAUGAGGACCGAAAACGAGCUGCGGUGGCCCGGCAGAGCGACAACACCGGCGGAGCGGCCUUGUACAAGGAACUGCCCAGCAAGUUGGCCAGGCUUUUGACGAUGAACUAUUUGUCCACCUAGGCCGCGACAGGAGCGACUGCAUGACCGCGACCGCGCAAUCAAAUUCUUAGUUAACACCACUUGGUGGCCCUGUAGGGUGGCGCUUGCCCCGAUGCUGGCACCCGGUUAUGGCGAUUUUUCG